CCGAACGUCUUUAUAUCAAAUUCUUGAAUCCUGAAAAUGGCCUUCCCAAUUUCCACAUUUAGAUCAUUUUCACUGCUAAUUCCGUUAUUUGCCAUUUUUCAGAUAACAAUGUCAGGAGAUCCCGACAUUCUUUCUGACUUCAUAGUUCCUUCAAAUUCGAAUGGAUCAGUUGAUGGAUCAUUCUUCACAUUUACUGGCAUGCGUUCUCUUGUCGAUGCUCCACCACCAACAGCUUUCGCAGUAUUAAAAGCAAGUAUGAAAGAAUUUCCUGCUCUAAAUGGACAGAGUGUUUCCUAUGCAGUUCUUCAAUACCCAGCCGGUACUCCUAACCCACCUCACACUCAUCCUCGAUCUGCUGAGCUACUUUUCCUUCUCGAUGGAUCUUUACAAGUUGGAUUUAUUGAUACUACUAAUAAGCUUUACACUCAAACACUCCAAGUUGGUGACUUGUUUGUAUUUCCUAAAGGACUUGUUCAUUUCCAAUAUAAUGCAGAUGCAACGAAACCUGCUUUUGCAGUUUCUGCUUUUGGAAGUGCAAAUGCAGGAACUGUGUCACUUCCUAGUACCCUUUUUGCCACUGGAAUUGAUGAUAAUGUCUUGGCUGUAUCUUUUAAGACUGACGUCGCCACCAUUCAGGCUCUCAAGGCUGGUCUUGUGCCCAAGCCAUGA